GCAGCGGGGAGCGGGCCCGGCCCGGCCGUAGCGCGGCGCGGAGCGGCGGCGGAAGCCGGCCAUGGCCGACCCCAGCCACAUCCAGUCGGCCGCCUCCAAGAGCAUCCGCCCCUUCCGCUCCAGCGAGGAGUACCUGGAGGCCAUGAAGGAGGACCUGGCCGAGUGGUUCAACACCCUCUACGACCUGGACAUCCAGGUGGACACCUUCCUGGAGAGCCUGGAGACGGGAUGUCACCUCUGCCGCCACGCCAACAACGUCAACCGCACCGCCCUGGACUUCCAGGAGCGGCACCCCGAGGCGGCGGCCCGCAUGCGGGUGCCCCAGAACGAGGUGGUCUUCCAGGCCAAGAACGUGGUGCCUGGCUCCUUCAUCGCCCGGGAUAACGUCUCCAACUUCAUCCAGUGGUGCCGGCAGGACCUGGGCAUCCAGGACGUGCUCAUGUUCGAGACCAACGACUUGGUGCUGAAGAAGAACGAGAAGAACUUUGUCCUUUGCCUGCUGGAGGUGGCCAGGAGGGGCUCCAAGUUCGGCAUGCUGGCCCCCAUGCUGAUCCAGAUGGAGGAGGAGAUCGAGGAGGAGAUGAGGGACCAAAUGGCCGACGGCGCGCUGGGCACGCGCCGCGAGAGCCGGGACGCCCGGGCGGGCGCCUUCCCCAGCCGGGCCCGGCCCAUCACCCUGUGCGACCUCAAGAACCUGGACGAGCUGGUGCGGGAGAUCCUGGGCUGCUGCUCGUGCCCCUCGCAAUUCCCCAUGGUCAAGGUCUCGGAGGGGAAGUACAAAGUGGGCGACUCCAACACGCUCAUCUUCGUCCGGGUGCUGAGGAGCCACGUCAUGGUGCGGGUGGGCGGCGGCUGGGACACCCUGGAACAUUACCUGGACAAGCACGACCCGUGCCGCUGCGCUGCCCUCGCUCACCGCCUGCCCCAGCCCCGCACCCCGGGCGUGUCUCCCCAAAAAGCAGCCCCCGGCUCCUCCUCGUCCCGCGCCUCCAGCCCCAGCACCCCCCGGCGCCCCCAGCCCCGGGGGGACCCCCCGAAGCCCCUCAAGCAGGAGGCUUUGCCCCCCCCGCGGGGCCGCGGCCCCCCGCUCCGGCUCCGGCAGCCCCUCCAGGAGCCCCGCGGAGCCGCGGGGAGCGGGAGCGCUCAGGUACGGACCCCGGGGGGCUGGGGGGGACCCCGAAACUGCGCCGAGACCGCACGGCAAAGGCUCAGCCCCACCGAGAGGACGGGCCGCGCGUCCCCGCGCGCUCCCGGCGCUGCUCGGGCGACAGCGACUCCUCGGCCGCCUCCGCGCAGAGCGGCCCCCGCCGCCCCCCGGCCCGCCGGGACCCCGCGGACCCCCCCGCUCCGGGCUCCCCCCGCGCCCCCCGCUCCGCCGCGUCCCCCCGCGGGUCCCCCCGCGCCCCCCCGCGGCCCCGCUCCGCUGCUCUGCUCAUCCGCCGCCGGCCCGACGGGCAGCACUCUUGGGCGCGGGCAGAGCCGCCCGCCGCCGCGGGGAGCCCCGGGGGGCGGCGCGACCCCCGGCCCCGGCCCCGGGGACCCCGAGGAGCUGGCGCGGAGGCUGCGGGCCCCGCGCUGGCUGGAGCCCGGGCAGGAGCAGCGGCUGUAGCGGCUGGAGGAGGAAUUCCUGGCCAACACGCGGCUGCUGGAGCAGCUGGGGGACGCGGAGAGCCCCCCGCCCGCGCCCGCCGCCGCCGCUGACUCGGCCUAUUGCUCCUCGUCUUCCUCGUCUUCCUCGCUGAGCGUCUUCGCCAAGCACGGGCUGCCCGCCGAGGACGGGCGGCGGGGAGGGAGCAGCGACGGGAACCACAACGGGAACCACGACGGGAACCACGACGGGAACCACGACGGCGGCUGCCCCCCGCUGCCGUCCGACCCCACGCUGGCGGAUGCGAGGCGCCGCUCCACCUUCUCCAGCUCCUCCGACGAGAGCUGCUGCUUCCCGGCCUCCUGGGACAACCGGGAGACGCCGGGGAACCCCGGCUCCGACACCGACUGGGCCGCCGGGGAGGACGAGCUGAUGGAGACGGAGGAGAGCCCCGGGCCGGGGGUCCCCGCGGCCCCGCCGCGGCCCUGGGCCAAGCCCCGGCUGGACACGCAGCCCCACAAGACGCCGUCCCGGAUCCCCACCCCCCGCGGGUACGGGGCAGGCGCCCACCGCGCCGCCAACGGCAGCGCCAAGGCCUGGGGGGCUCUGCAGAGCAUCCCCUCCCUCCUGGAGCACCCCUGGGCCCCGCAGGAGAACGCGUGGCCGUGAGGGGCCGAUGGCCGUGGCAGCUCCUGGCAGCUCCUGGGGACGUCCCCGAGCUGCUGCGGGAGCGGGGAGGUGGCAGCUGAGCGGAGACGCCCGCCCGGGCGAUGGCCACGGGGCUGGGGUGGCCGGGACCCCUGCACUUGGUGACUGCUGGCUUUGGGGGGGGGUCUCAAGGAGCCCCCAGCCCCAGAGGGUGCCAGGGGUGUCCCCGUGCCGUGGGGAGCAGCUCCAGGGGGGCUCUGUCCUGUGGGCAGGGCAGUGGUGGCCAGAGCAGAGCUGGCACCUGGCAGAGGGGCUGGAGAGCACCCGGUUCUUCUCCUGGUCAUUUCAUCCCUCCUCAUUCUCCACUUGUUUUCCUCGUCUUGACCUUCUCUUCGUGUCUCCUCCUCAUCUCAUUUUCUCUCUCUCCUUUCUUUUGGGCUGCCUCCUCCUUCUCUUGUCUUCUCCUCCCCUCCUGGCCUUCACAUCCUUUUCUUCUCACCUCUUGGCCUCAUCAUCACCUCCUCGGCCCCUCUCUCCUCUCCAGUCUCUCCUCUCCACCCCAGGAUGACUUGGGGACAGUUGGUCACCACAGCCCGUUUCAGGGCAGGAGGGGUCACUCCUCCCUCUGCAGCCCCAGCAGCACAGCGCUGCCCAGAGCUCCUGCUGAUGUCCCCAGGGUGGGACAGGGCCACCGUGGCCCCCACCCCUGCAGCCCUGCAUGUCCUGUCCAGCCAGUAAAGACCAACGGAGCUGA